AAAAUAGUGAUUAUAACAAAUGUGUUGACAUUAGCAACAGUUGGAUAUGAAUGUUAAUGAAUGAGAUAUGCGACCAACUUCACCGUUAUUAUGUGUCACAUGUGGUGGGUCAGGAAUAUAACCUCGAAAAUAAACAGAAUUUUGAUGAGGAUGGAGGUGGCCGCUGAAAAGAACGUCAAGGUGAUCGAGGAGGGCUCGGCGAAGAUAAAGACGGCAGGAAACGUGUUUUACAAUCCGGUGCAAGAGUUCAAUCGCGAUCUGAGUGUUUUAGUUUUGCAGACGUUCAGCAAGACCUUCGAGCGGAGCAAUUUGAGUAUAUUGGAAGCGCUGUCGGCAACAGGACUGAGGAGCAUCAGAUAUGCCAAAGAGAUUGAGGCUGUCGAGAAAAUAGUGGCAAAUGACAUAAGUAUAAAAGCAGUUCAAGAUAUUAAGGUCAAUAUCGAUGAGAAUGGGGUUUCCGAUAUUGUUCAAGCGAAUCAAAGUGAUGCGACGAUGUUCAUGUAUGAGAAUCGGAGGAAACAGUUUGAUGCGAUAGACUUGGACCCGUACGGGUGUCCAUCGAUAUUCUUGGACGGAGCCGUGCAGGCGGUGAAAGAUGGUGGUUUGCUGCUGGUGACGGCCACCGAUAUGGCAGUGCUCGCAGGGAACUCGCCGGAAACUUGCUACGCGAAAUACGGAUCUGUUUCGUUGAAGACGAGGAGCUGCCACGAGAUGGCUUUGAGGAUCCUGCUGCAGAGUAUCGAGAGUCACGCGAAUCGCUACGGCAGAUACAUACAGCCUCUGCUCUCAAUAUCGGCCGAUUUUUACGUGAGGGUUUUCGUGCGCGUCUUUUCCGGAGCGCAAAAGUGCAAAUAUACGACCAGUAAAUUGUCGAUGGUGUACCAUUGCACCGGUUGCGACAGUACCAAUCUACAGCCUCUGGGUAUCCUGAAGAAGAACGACAAGAAGAAUAAUCACCAGGUGAAGUUUGCGCUUCCGACCGGCCCGUUCACGGCUUCCGUCUGUCUCAAUUGCAAACAUCCGUUGCACAUGGGAGGACCGAUUUGGUCGGCGCCUCUGCACGACAAAGAGUUCAUCAGAAAUCUAUUAGAUGGAGCCUCCGAUAAGUUAGGGACGUUCGAACGGAUAUGGGGUGUUCUGAAUGUGAUCGGCGAGGAGCUAGAGGAUUCCCCAUUGUAUUACACGUUGGAAAAGUUGGCUGGGACUUUGCACUGCGAGACGCCCCCGCUAUUGGCGAUAAGGUCUGCAAUAAUGAAUGCAGGAUAUCGGGUGUCCGCCACGCACAUGCACAAGACAUCGAUAAAGACGGACGCACCGUCGAAUGUCGUUUGGGAUAUAAUGAGAUGCUGGUGCAAAGAUCAUCCUGUGAGUGAGAAGAGACAGUUCGAGGGUUCACCUGCCAAGAACAUAUUGAGCGUCGAGCCGAAUAUCAAAGCAGAUUUCACGAUACUGCCGGACGCGAAUCCCGCGUCUCGGAAGAACGGUUACCUCAGAUUCCAGAUGAAUCCGCAGACGCAUUGGGGCCCAGGCACGCGCGCCACCGCAAUGGUCGGCGAAGAGAAGAUCAACAAGAGCAAAAGGAAUCAAGGAAAACGGAAACGGGAAGAGUCCGUCGAGUCGACCAAGUAAUUUCACAAAACAAAAAAACUGAAUCUUAACAUUAACAAAAAAAA